UUAUCUUAUGAUAACCACACCCAUAAGGCACUAGUAAAAAGACACAUUUCUUUAACUAAAAAAAUAAAAAGUUGUCUGAUGCCACUCCUGUUGAAUGUUUCUAAAGGAAAUUUCAGGGUAGCCGAGAGUGAAGUACCCAGACCAGAAGCUGACAGACAACACACAGUGCGCAGACCUGCCUUGCCCGGGAUGCUGUGACACAAAACAAAGUCAACAGGCAGAUUGAAAUCAGAAAACUGAAGAAAGCCAAGAUGUCCAGCUUGGAUUCCAAUGAUCUAGAGGAUCUCUUUGUAAAUUUCACCUUUAAUGACACAUAUUUUGAUUUCGAUCCAAGCACCUCUCCCUGCCUUGAAUUAGUUCUUGGCAUCAACAGUAAGGUUCUGGUGAGUCUCUACUCACUAGUGUUCAUCUUGAGUCUAGUAGGGAACACCAUUGUGGUGCUGGUGAUUAGACACAGGCAGCAGAGAAUAUCCUCUACUGAUGUGUACCUGGUAAACUUGGCUGUUGCUGACCUUAUUCUUGCCCUCACAGUGCUCUUCUGGGCAGUCUAUGGCAGCUCUGAAUGGAUUUUCAGUGACUCUGUGAGCCAGACACUGCAGCAGUUGAACUUCUACAGUGGAAUCCUGCUGUUAGUUUGUAUCCGUGUCGACACCAUUAACCUGACGAACUACAGAGUCGUAUGCGCAUUGGUCUGGCUGGUGGCAAUCUACCUUUCCCUGUCCGACCUGCUCUAUAAGAAGGUUUUCCCCUUGGCACUAGGUAACAUUCUUUAUUGUCCUGAGAAUGCAGGACAUGAAGACAUAGAGAUGUGGCAAGUCCCUGUCUGCUUCUUCAGGCCUGUGGUUCAUUUUUUUAUGCCGCUGGUCAUUUUAUUCUUUGACCUAUUUUUAAACAAUUGCUUCAGGAACCAAGCCCAAACACAACUACCCCAGGCUGAAAACAACCAGAAAAAACCUCUCAUCUUCGCACUGCUGCUGGUAUUCAUCAUCGCUUGGUGUCCAUACAACUUAGUCAUCUUGGUCGACACCUUAAUGAUGCUGCACAUUAUCAGUGAGACGUGCCGUGUUCGGGUUUACAUCAAUGCUGCCCUGUUGAUUGCAGAGAUCCUGUGCUUUCUACACUGCUGCAUCAACCCCAUUUUGUACCCCAUAAUGUGGAAGAAGUUCAGACGGGAUCUCCUUAGGAUUCUUAAGAAAACUGGGUUCAGAAGGGAACAUGUUUCUGAGAGCUUUUCGCUGGGAGACAUUUAGCCAUCUCGCUACUAAUGAAGGUGUGAGCAAGCUAUUCGCUUCUAAAAAAGUGGGCAUACUUAGAAACAACUGUGUAUUGCAGGUGGGCUGUUUCAUUUUUUGGCUGAUAUUUUCAGGUCAAGGAAACUCUCUUGGGACAGUGUGGAUCACCUGUGCUGCAGGAUUACAAGCAUGCAGUGUUGCAGUUCAACAGAUUGUACAAUCAGUCCUAACUGUAAAUUUGGCUUUCUAAGAACACCCCUUCACCUGGAUAACUUGCACUUUCCCUUUGAGGUACACUAUAUAUACUUUCAAAUGUGCCUCAAUGAUGCUACCUUGUUUAUUCUGAAUGCUCGAGAGGAUAAACCAAAUAUAGGGUUUCUUGAUAGGCUUUGCAAGGCCAAUACAAUUGGUAUGUAUGUCACAUUUUAUUUUCCAUAUAUCCAUAUACCAUUUAAACAAUUUUUAUGAAGACUAUUUGCUCCUAGCACUGUGCAUGCCCAGACUAUUUGCCCCUUGCACUGCGCAUGCCCAGACUAUUUGCCCCUAGCACUGUGCAUGCCCAGACUAUUUGCCCCUUGUGCUGCGCAUGCCCAUAUGUUUUUUUUCUUUGGAUAUGAAAGUACGUGUUUUGUAAACUAACAUUUUACUCUACAUGUAACUAAUUAGUUUUAUAUUAAAUACAGACAACUCCUGUUAACGAACAGUAAUGCACUACUACUGCAACUCCCUCCAGGCCAACCUUCCUACCUCUGCUCCCCGUCCACUCCAGCUCAUCCAAAACUCUGCUGCUCGCCUUGUCUUUUCCCUGCUCUGGCUCCCUAAUGCUGCUCACAUCCACUUCAAAACUCUUGUACUCGCCUAUCGCUGUCUUGACCUUUCUGCUCCCUCCUAUCUCCAGGCUAUCAUUUCUCCCUACACCCCCUCUCACCCCCUCCGCUCCUCCACCCUUUCCCCUCAAUGGUGGAGUAACCUACCCAUGGAUAUCAGGACUGCUCAGUCCCUGACCACCUUCUGGCAUUUCCUCAAGACAAACCUGUUCAGACAGCAUCUGUAAACCUCACAACUCUCGACUAUACUGGACUGUAUGGCACCGAAUUGUACCAGUACUUGCAUCAGCUUGUACUUGCACUGAACUGCUCCAUACCUUGCCGCAUUCAAAUACUGCUCCUAACUAUAAUUACUUACUGUAUCUUGUAUUUGAUUUGACUCCUAUAGGUAACCAUACUCACAUUUUUUGUAAUUGCUCUUAUUUGAAUUCAUUCUCAUCUAUUUAUCAUACUUACUAUGUACUGGACUUUAUUCAUAUAAGCAAAUAUAUACUAUAAGUUUUAACUGCUCUUAGUCAAACUCGCUUUUACUUAUAAUGUUCUGUAGAUGAUGAAGUUGCCUGAAGAUGCCUGGUAUAGUACUGUAUGUUAAUUGAUGUGUGUACAUGGUAGUGGUAAAAACAAGUGAUGAUUCUUUUGUGUAUGAACAGGAAAUAUUUUCAGUUUCUGUAUAAAGUUUUUAAUCUACUGAAGCCUGACUUCUUUUUUGCUCUAUAAUGUAUCUAGUUGUUUCUUUUACCUUAAUACUUUCAUAUUAAAAUAUAUAUAUUAAUAAACGCUGUUCCACAAAAAUGGAUUUAAAUCUAAAGUGAUUUUAAUACAAAGGAAAUGUGUCAAUGGUUGUAACAAAAUACAAAUUAUCAAAAGCAGGCAUUUUAUCUGUGGUGCAUGAUUUUUUCACCAUAAGUGUUCUUGCAUCACGUUUGUUGUGUGGUAGCCUUAAAAAUGUAAACCAGUCUGUUGAUGAUGAGCAUUAUACAUUUGGGCAGACGAGGAACCCAGAUUUAAAGGAACAGAAGCUUGUUUUGUGUUUUGUAAGUUAAUACACAUUUGUCUUGUCUAUCUGCUCAUUGGAAACCACCUCCAAUCCUUACAAAUGUAUUAAGUACUGUUACACUGGUUUACAUUAUGGUGUUUAGCAAUGUGAUGCAUUUUAGCAACUUUCUAAUUUUGUUGCAACUGAAAUAUUGAUAAAGAUAACAGCAAACCUGUAAAUGCAAAUAUGAAGAUCCUUGCAUGUAAACACAAACCUACAUGUCAUGUCAUGUUUGUUUUUAUUUAUUUUUUGUACCAUUUUUUAAUUCCUUAACUUAAAAAUUUCCCUGAUAGUAGAAAUACCUGACAGCCACGUAUGCCAAUAACUCAAUUCAGAUUACAUUCUACUGCCAAAAGAAACAACAGUACUGAUUCUAGAUUAACUCCAAGAAACUUGCAAAGGAAAACCCCACAUAAGAUUGCACCUGGUAAAAAGGCCACACUCUUGCAAUGUAUCUAUUUUCUUACUAGGUGGCAGCAAAGCAAAGGAUGCCUUUCAUUAAAUAUCUUGUAUGUUCACUGAGGAAACUGAUAGAAAAAGAGCAAUGCUAUUUCAACAAAAUAAUGGUUAGAUUCACCUUGAUUAUAAAUGUGAAAGUGCAGUUAUAGUGGUCUUCCUCUACAAUAUAAAAAAAUACAUUUAGUUAGUGUACAGAAAUGAAGCUUACACUGGCAUUACUGGAGAUGGAUAUAUUCAAUAUGUCUAUUGUUGGAAACCUCAGUGCUUCUUAUUCAGUACAGUGGCAUUUGUAAUUCAGGUUUAAAUGUAGCUUCAUUUAUGUUAAAUUAUUAAUUUAUUAUUUAAGU